UGGUCAAGAGUGAAGAGUGCUGUCAAAAACAUCAACACUUCUAUGUCAAAAUAAAUUUAUUCAUUUCGAUCAAUUUUGAUAAGAAUGGGAUACUUGAUUUUAACAGCUUGAUUGAUUAUUUAAUAAAUAUAAUUUAUCGCAAAAAAUAAUGUGGCAGUGAAAAAUUAGUGAACACUGAUAUGGAGAGCGUUAAAAAUUUUUCUGUAUCACUUAUCAAAGGUUUUAUAGACAGUUUGCGUGGUGUAACCGUGCUUUUAUACUUAGAUAAAGAAAUUAAUGAGCGAGCCCUCAGUCGGUCGUCGCCGAUCGAUUUUGAUAAUAGUAAACAUAAGCAAAAACAACCAAAAGUCAAACAGGAAUCAAAAGUACUUACUAGGGUUUUACAAUCAUGUGUUCUCAACGGGUUUAUAUUUCUGUUGAGCAUACUUAUAUUCGAGUAUGCAUUGUUGCCAGCCGUGAAGUACUUAGUGAUACUCAUAUUUGGCCACAACCCUGGGGUGGCGCAUAGCGUCUGGGGCUGGAUGCAGCCCUUCUUGUCUAUGACAUUCCGGAUGAUAUGGGUGCUUCCACUCUUCCUUCUUAGCAAACUGGUUAACAGUCUGUGGUUUCAAGAUAUUGCUGACUCAGCAUACAGGCAUAGACGGGGUCGACCACAGUUCAUGUCAAGUGUCAGCAAAAUCAUUGCUGACUCAUUGUUUAGUUUGUUGGUGCAAGCAUUAUUUCUAGUUCAGAGUAUGCUAGUCAGUAUGUUGCCCAUAACAUACAUAGGGGAGUUAUUAUGCCUGGUGCACAUGUGCCUCUUAUACUCACUGUACUCGUUUGAGUACAAAUGGUUCAACAUGGGCUGGGAGCUGCACAAGCGGCUGACCUUUAUAGAGACCAAUUGGCCGUACUUUCUUGGCUUUGGACUGCCGUUGGCCGUGCUCACUCAAAUCCCACAGUCUUAUAUUAUAAGUGGUUGCGUGUUCUCAAUCUUCUUCCCGGUGUUCAUAUUGAGUGGGAACGAAGCCACGCCGGUCGCGGGAAGCGAGUAUCCCCUGCGCCUGUUCUCGCCGGUGGUGGCGAUAUCCAACGGCAUGUUUCGCUUCGUCCGCCACACCGCGCCCGACGACAAGACCAGGUGAUAGGUACAGCUGUUUACGCACAGAGAGACGUAGCAGCUUCUACAAGAUGGCUUCCGCUUACGCCUUUAAUAAGAAGGGAGAAGAAAGUUUUUUUUAAUCACAGUUAUAAACGUACUAGGUACCUGAUUCUCACGACUUCGUGUGGAUUGCAGGUUUUUAAAACCCUGUGGGAACUCUUUGAUUUUCCGGGAUGAAAAGUAAUGUCACUCUCCAGGUCCUUAUUAACCAUAUCCAUUUAGCUGUCAUGCUCCUGAUUUUUAUCCAAAACUCUUUUUAUCUGAUCCAACUGGAUUUUAGAAGCGCAGCCGCGAUUUAAAGUGAAUAUAAUAUGCACAUAUCAUUCAAAAUUGUUAAUAAAAGACAAAAUUUUAUUAUGCUUUGUCUUUUAUACACAGGGAAAUUUUUAUUGUAUACAUAACAGUUUCUAAACUAAAUUGACAGAUCUAAAUGUAGUGCUAUCCUUUUCUAUAGGGAGCAUUAUGAGAAGGAUAGCAAUACGCUUAGUCUGAGACCUGAGUGAUGGCGGCGCGAAUGAACGGCGCAUUAAAUAAAUGUUCGACAAGUUUGAACUUCUCCGCGUGCACUAAGGACGAGUACCUACGGCGGCGUGUAAAUCCUCUAACCCGCCAUACGCGGUGAGCCGUCACUCAGGACAUACACUUAGGUUGAGACACAUAACUUAUAGAGCUCACUUUGGCUUUGCUCAGACUUAAGACACUGUAACACUGUUAAAACGAGACAGCGCUAUACCGCUGGCCCAAAUCUGUCUCAUUUACCUUGAGUGUAAGCAUUGAAGUCAAAGUGCGAUCUACAGAUUUCGACCUUAGGCUGAGAUUUAUAGAGCUUACUUUGACUUUGCUCAGACUUAAGACACUGUUAAAACGAGACAGCGUUGUCUCUCACGUAAAUCUGUCUCGUUUUAACUCUGACUUAAGUCGGAGCAAAGUCAAAGUACGAUCGAUCUCAGCCUCAGACCAGUGAUUUUAGUUUAGAAAUUGUGCACAAAAGAAUUAGUCACACUAUGUAAUUGUCUUGUUAACCGACUUCGAAAAAAGGAGGAGGUUCUCAAUUCGUCGGAAUCUUUUUUUUUAUUAUGUUGUGUGCUAAAAAUAUUAUUAACUUAAAUUAUAUCAUUAUAUGGCUAUUAGCUAACUCUGUUGCACACGUUGGUAUCUAAUGAUUCUGUUGGCAACUAAAUAGGCUGAGAUUUAUAGAAUGCACUUUGACUUUGCUUAGACAUAAGACACAGCGUUUAAAACGAGAUGGCGCUAUAUCACUGGUCACUGGCAUAAAUCUGUCUCGUUUUAAAUGAAACUUAAGUCUGAGCAAAGACAAAGUACACUCUAUAGAUGUCAGCCUUAGAGUAUUCAGUCCUAGUAGUAGAGGUUGUAAAUUUUAAGGUAGGUACUUAUUACCCGAGGAGAAAAAGCCACAGUCGCUAUUUUAAAACUUUCGUGAAGCAUAACCGCAUGUAUAAAAUAUGUAUGUAACUUGUAUAAAAUAUUAUGGAUGAUAUUAUAAUAUUUGUAGUUGACCAAUGGUGCCUGGAUAAAUAUUUAUUUUACUGACUUUUGGUGUAAAAAAGAAUAUAAUAAUCAUAUUGUUAUAUUACUUAUGGCUUUGUAUAGGGUUUAAUUAUUAUAGAUGUAAAAAUCAUUCUCACUUGAAUAGUCGUAAAAUUGUGAUUUUAUUUUUACAUGACAUAAUUUAUUAAAGGAAUUGACUGAU